CCAUUUGGAACACCUUCGGUUCCAGAAGAUUUCCCAUCCCAGAUAGGCAAAUCCAAAACAGAAAUCGUUGAUUUUAAAAGACUUGAUCUUACUAUACAUUUAGACCUCUUGUAAAUAUGACGAGUAGGACACCUAGGCAAUGCAAUCAUGUACUAAGUUACAGUAUUGCGCAUCGAGACUGAAGAAUCAUUGGCAAUAAAUGAUGCAACCAAGCCUCUUUCCAACAAAAUUUCACAAUUUUGAGGAGACCCAUCAGGCAUCUUCUUCCUUAAUUUUCAUUUUCAUGGUUUUUUUGGUAGAACAAGAAGCAUGGCUCCUCUCCCUCUAGAGACUGUAACAGUAGAGCAAAUCAGAGAGCUUGAUAUCCCUAGAGAUGAGGCAGAGAAGUUUUAUCAGAAGGUGCAACAGAUACUUAGCGACCAUGGAAGUUGCCGUGUUAAAACAUGGGAUAACAUUUCAAAGCAUCUUCUCUCACCUGAACUUCCAUUUGCUUUGCACCAUAUGAUGUAUUAUGGGUGUUAUAGCGAAUGGGAUGCAACCCAAUUGGGCCCUCCUCCCGCUUGGAUCACUAACUUGGACGAUGCAAUGAGAACCAAUGUUUCCCGGGUUUUAGAGAGACGUGGGAAUGAGUUUCUCGGAUUGAAAUAUAAGGAUCCCAUCUCAAGCUUCUCUGCAUUUCAAGAGUUCUCAGUUACGAACCCCGAGGCCUACUGGCGUAUGAUGUUAGAUGAGCUAAAUAUUUCCUUUUCUGUGCCUCCAUCCUGCAUAUUGAGUUCUGAUGAGUUAGAUAAAAAUGAGUUAUCUUGCCCUGGCGGAAGGUGGCUCCAUGGGGCCAUGCUGAAUUCUGCGAAGAAUUGUUUGCUUCCAAAAGGAAGAAGUAUGGAGGAUACAUCCAUUAUCUGGCGUGAUGAAGGUUAUGAUGAAUUACCGCUGAAUUAUGUGACCUAUAGGGAUUUGAAUGCAAAGGUCUGUUUGGUUGCAAAUGCACUUGAAAUGUUGGAUCUAGAGAGGGGAUCUGCUGUUGCAAUUGACAUGCCAAUGAAUGUCACUGCUGUUGUUGCCUAUCUUGCCAUCAUUCUGGCUGGAUAUGUAGUUGUAUCUAUUGCUGAUAGCUUUGCUGCUCGUGAGAUUUCAAUGAGGCUCAAUAUAUCAAAAGCAAAAGCGAUAUUCACUCAGGAUGUUAUCAUCCGCGGUGAUAAGAGUCUUCCUCUGUACAGUAGAGUUGUGGAAGCUUAUGCACCUUUGGCAAUAGUUUUACCUGCUAGAGGCUCGAGUCCUAGUGUGGAACUUCGUGAAGGUGAUCUAUCUUGGGAUGAAUUUUUGGCAAGGGUAAAACACGACGGAACUAAUGAUUACACCCCUGUGGAAAAACCUGUGGAGUCAUUCACAAACAUUCUUUUCUCAUCUGGAACUACAGGGGAGCCUAAGGCUAUUCCAUGGACUCAUAUGACUCCUAUUAAGGCAGCUGCAGAUGGCUGGGUGCACAUGGAUAUCCUUAAAGGGGAUAUAGUUGCUUGGCCCACAAAUCUGGGUUGGAUGAUGGGUCCUUGGCUUGUGUAUGCCUCUCUCCUUAAUGGUGCUUCAAUGGCUCUAUACAAUGGAUCCCCCCUUGGUUAUGGAUUUGCCAAGUUUGUUCAGGAUGCAAAAAUAACUAUGCUUGGUGUGGUUCCAAGCAUAGUACGGGCAUGGAAAUAUUCAAAUUGCACAGCUGGUCUUGAUUGGUCUAGUAUUCGAUGCUUUGGCUCCACAGGUGAGGCAUCAAGUGCAGACGAGUAUCUCUGGCUCAUGGGUAGAGCUUGCUACAAGCCUGUGAUUGAGUAUUGUGGUGGAACUGAAAUUGGGGGUGGAUUUGUUUCCGGAUCACUUCUGCAGAAUCAGUCUUUGGCUGCUUUCAGUACACCUGCUAUGGGCUGCAACCUCUUCAUCCUUGGCAGUGAUGGAAAUCCCGUUCCAUCGUCCACCCCGGCAAUUGGGGAACUAGCACUUGAUCCAGUGAUGUUUGGGGCAUCAACAACACUACUGAAUGCAAAUCACUAUGAUGUGUAUUUCAAAGACAUGCCCAAUUGGAACGGAAAGGUUUUGAGAAGACAUGGAGAUGAAUUUGAACGUACUGCUGGAGGAUAUUAUCGUGCCCAUGGCCGCACAGAUGAUACAAUGAAUCUUGGUGGCAUUAAGGUGAGUUCGAUUGAGAUUGAGCGUAUCUGUAAUGGAGCGGAUGAGUCUGUGCUUGAAACUGCGGCUAUUGGGGUGCCCCCAGAUGGUGGCGGACCGGAGCAAUUGGUCAUUGCACUAGUUUUCAAGAACCCUAAUCAUUCCAAUGUGGACAUAGUUCAACUGAAAAAGGCAUUCAAUUCUUUGUUGCAGCAGAAGUUGAAUCCUUUGUUCCGGGUCUCAUACAUUAUGCCCACCACAAGUCUUCCUCGGACAGCAUCAAACAAGAUAAUGAGGAGGAUUCUAAGGCAACAAUUUAUUAAUGAUAUUAGAAAUUCUAAAUUAUGAUUGAGUUUUUUCUUUUUUUCCCAUCUUUAUGCGUGGAUUUGCAAAAUUGAGUAUUGAGAUCGCAUAUGUAUGUGCAUAUUUCAAGUUUGGACGGGGAACAUUGGAAAUUGUGAGUUUAUUUAUUGGUAAGUGUGGACAAUGUCCAUAUAAAAUUGCAAUCCUAUGCUAUA